UCCUAUCAAACCUCCAAGGAGCUGCCGGCCAGGAUCAGUGUUUACAGGAAGGAUCAGAGUUCCGACCAGAACAUGGUGGUACCAGCCCGCUGCCCGGGCCCCUGUGCCAUGCUGGCGCUCAGCCUUCUCAUGGGAUACGGCGUGGUGCGCUGCAUCGCCGGCCAGAAUGACACGGAACCCAUCGUACUGGAGGGGAAGUGUCUGGUGGUCUGCGACUCCAACCCGUCCUCGGACGGCGGGGUGACUUCAUCGCUCGGGAUAUCCGUCCGGUCGGCCGGCGCCAAGGUAGCUUUCUCCGCGGUGCGCGGGACGAAUCACGAGCCCUCCGACAUGAGCAACACGUCAAUGACCAUCUACUUUGACCAGGCUUUAGUGAACAUCGGCAACCAUUUCGAUCUGAAAGCGAGUGUCUUCCAGGCGCCAAGGAGGGGAAUAUACAGCUUCGGUUUUCAUGUGGUCAAGGUCUACAACAGACAGACCAUACAGGUCAACCUGAUGCAGAACGACUACCCGAUCAUAUCAGCUUUCGCCGGUGACCAGGACGUCACUCGGGAGGCGGCAAGCAACGGCGUUCUUCUGCAGUUGGAGCGCGAGGACCGAGUGUAUCUGAAGCUGGAACGGGGCACGCUCAUGGGUGGAUGGAAAUAUUCCACGUUCUCAGGCUUCCUAGUCUUUCCACUAUAAUUUAAUAUGUGAUCACGGAAAUCGCAAACGUGACUCCUCCAUGGUUGAGGAACGAUAAAAAAAACAUUUGCUAUUUUAUUUGAAGUGAACUGUCAGAGGAAGAAGACAGAUUCGUAUGUGUACACACUACACACUUUACAGUAUCUAUUUCAUUCAAACAUUAACGUUUCCAUGGAGUUCGUACAUCCAAAUCCAUCGACUAAAACCCUAUCUGGAAGGAUACUCGAAUCGAUCUACCCGUGAUGUAUAGGCCUACCACUUGUCGAUUAUUUGGAUUUUAUCGCUUGGGAGUCAUCUAACUUUUGUCAACAGACUGUCAAGUCAGUCUACCUCUGUGUACCCUGACUGCUGAACAGAUGAGAAUAAUAUUGUAUGAAUCGAAAAGCUUAAAACUUCCCGAACUAACGUGUAUUUACCAAUGCUCUCUCUAUUUUGUGUUUGUGUAGCCUUAAAUAAUAAUGUUUCCGUCAAGUGAGGUGUAUGGAAUUCUUAUGGACGUCCAGGAGAAGAAGAGCGCUUUCACGUCGAAGGCUUUUUUGUUGUUGCAGGAAUGGAAUAAUGUUUUUGUUUUGUGCUUUUCAUGGUGUUCCGUUUGGAUGCUGAACAUAUUGAAAAGAAGGCAAAUAUAGGCUGCCUAACUAUCCAGAGAUGAUAUAAAAGAUUUUUAAAAAAGCGACAUAUUUCAGCCAAUGGAGACAUCUAUAGAAACUCUUUUACAAAAAAAUAUUUAUCUAAUUUAUAAAGUACAUAUUCACAUUAUGGUGUGUUCUACAUUUCGGAUCUGCGUAGCUUUAACUGAUAUUGUGUCCAGUGACGUUGCUCACAAAUGUACAUUGUGAAAAUAACAACAGAAAAAUCCCAAUUAUAUGAUGUCCCGCCUAAUAAAUAAUAUUGCAUUGUA